UCGGCCCAGGCCCGGCAGACGGACGGUCUCCUCUCCACAUGGGAGAUCUGCUCGUCCGGCAGACUGAGAUCGUCCACCUGCUCCGGACUCUCCAUUCACACAACUCCGCCGCUCUGGGAAGCCUUGGCCGGAGAAAUGGUCCCCGGGCUCCUUGACGACGGUGGGCACACAUCAACCAGUCGGGCCAGGCCCGGCAGACGGAAGGUCUCCUCUCCGCCUGGAAGCUCUGCUCGUCCGGCAGCCUGGUCUCAUCCACCUGAUCCACUCUACAUGCAGAAGUGUCCGACGCCCUGUGAAGUCCUGGGCUCCAGGACGCUGUUGGUCCCUUCCUCAGCUCCAAGGAUAGAAGAGCCCCACUCAGUCAACACAUUUCGACCCCGACGCGACCGCGUUACGGGCCCAAAACAAGCCAAAAGCCCCCUAUCGCAUUGA